AUGCAACAACAAUACAAAAUUGUAGAUCCAGCUUUAUUCCACCCAUGUAUUGGUCUGUACACGAAAUAUCACAAAUUGAUCAAUAUUGAUCCUGUAAAGCUCUCUAACAGAUAG